UACCUCGACCAGCUGCGGCUGCCGUGGCAGCGGCGCAUUCUCGCCUUGCAAAUCCAAACAAUGACUCCGACUACGGAGCGGAGGAAAGCACGCCAGUAGAAUGCAUCUGAUGGCGCCGCUAUUUGCACGUCAAACUUGAACGCACCCGCCGGAAAUAUGUGGAUACCUACGGAGCAGGAAAAAUACGGCGUCGUGCUGGCCAGUUUCCGAGGCACCGUCCAGCACGGCCUCCCGUUGGAAAUUGGCGACACGGUGCAGAUCCUGGAAAAAUGUGAAGGCUGGUACCGAGGAUUCAUCUUGAAGAAUCCAAAUGUCAAGGGAAUCUUCCCAACCAGUUACAUCCACCUGAAGAAUGCCCACGUCAAGAAUAAAGGCCAAUUCGAGACCGUCAUCCCCGUGGAGGACUCGGUCAUCACCGAGAUGACUUCGACGCUGCGCGACUGGGGGGCCAUGUGGAAACAGCUCUAUGUGAAGAACGAGGGGGAUUUGUUCCACCGGCUGUGGCACGUGAUGAAUGAAAUCUUGGACCUGAGGAGGCAGGUUCUGGUGGGCCACCUCACCCACGACCGCAUGCGGGACGUCAAGCAGCACAUCACGGCCCGCUUGGACUGGGGCAACGAACAACUGGGUUUGGACCUGGUCCCUAGACAGGAGUUCAGCAUGGUGGACCCUGAUGAAAUCAGUGUGACGGAACUCUACAAACUGAUGGAGCAUCGGCAUCGCAAGAAGGAGACGCCGACGCCCGCCAGCACGCAUCACUUGUUCGUCCACGUUAAGAGUCUGAUGAGUGCCAAUUUGGGGGAGGAGCUUGAGGUCUUCUUCCACAUAUAUGACGGGCGAGAGAACCGACCGCUCAGUGAAAGGUUCUUUGUCAGGCUGAAUAAGAGCGGCUUGCCCAAGUCGCCGGAGAAGACGGAGAGACAGUGCACGCUGUUUGUGGAUCUGGGGAGCAGCGAUCUUCGAAAAGAUGUCUAUAUUGUCGUGCACGUCAUAAGAAUAGGGAGAAUGGGCGCCGGGGAGAAGAAGAACCAGUGUAGCGUUCAGUACCGCCGUCCCUUAGGCUGCGCCAUCGUCAGCAUCGCCGAUCUGCUCACGGCCGACUCCAAGGACGACCACUUGCUCAAGGUUUACGCGUGUAACACAGAAAGCGAGUGGUACCAAAUUCACGAGAACAUCAUCAAAAAGGCCAAUUCCAGAUAUAAUCUGUCCGGAUCCAACACAGGGCUGGCCGUGGCUCUCCAGCUCCUCCAUGGGGACAUUGAUCAGCUGAGGCGGGAGUACAUGGUGCUCUUCACAAGGGGCGUGUCCAUCACUAGGAAACUGGGCUUCUCUGAUGUCAUCAUGCCAGGAGAGAUGAGAAAUGACCUUUACGUCACGCUGGAGAAAGGAGAAUUUGAAAAGGGUGGGAAGACCGUUGCCAGGAAUGUAGAAAUCACCAUCUACUUGCUGGACAUUGAUGGACAUAUCCUCAAGAGUCACGUAGCCGCCGGCUCGGGGGAACCGGGCGGGGACGAAUAUCACUCGUUGGUGCUGUACCACAACAAUAGUCCACGCUGGGCGGAGCAGAUCAAGCUGCCCAUCCCCGUGGACAUGUUUCGGGGAUCGCACGUGCGCUUCGAGUUCCGACAUUGCUCCACAAAAGAGAAGGGAGAGAAGAAGCUGUUCGGCUACUCCUUUGUACCGCUGAUGCAGGAGGACGGAAGGACUCUGCCAGAUGGCACCCAUGAGCUCAUUAUCCAUAAGUGUGAGGAGAACACCAACUUGGCGGACUGCACUCGCUAUCUGAAACUGCCUUUCUCCAAAAGCAACAUCCCGUCCAAUAACCAGACGCUGAAAGGCACCAAGGAGUCUUUCUGGAUCACCAGCUUCCUCUGCUCCACCAAGCUCACACAAAACGGAGAAAUGCUGGACCUGUUGAAGUGGCGAGCGCACCCCGAACGGAUCAACGAGAGCCUCUCCAAGCUGAAGGAGAUCGACGGCUCGGAGAUUGUCAAAUUCCUACAAGACACUCUGGACACACUUUUUGGUAUUCUGGACGAGAGCUCCCAGAGAUACGGCCUCAAGGUGUUUGACUCUCUGGUCCACAUCAUCAACCUUCUCCAAGACAGCAAAUUUCAGCACUUCAAGCCAGUCAUGGACACCUACAUUGAGAGCCACUUUGCCGGAGCUCUGUCAUACAGGGACCUGAUCAAAGUUCUCAAGUGGUACGUGGACCGCAUUGUGGAUGCCGAGCAUCAGGAACAUAUUCAGCAGGUCCUCAAGGCCAGCGAGUACAUCUUCAAGUAUAUCGUCCAGUCUCGCCGCCUCUUCUCCUUGGCAACGGGGGGCCAGAACGAGGAGGAGUUCCGCGUGUGCAUCCACGAGCUCUUCAUGUCCAUUCGCUUCUUCCUCUCGCAGGAAAAUAAAGGCACCAGCCCGGUGGCACAAACACAGGCGGUGUUCCUCCGAACUUUCCCGGCCGUUUACGGCGAGCUUCUGAAGAUCUUCACGGUCCGCGAGGUGGCCGGCUUCGUGCGGGAGACGCUGGGCAGCCUUCCCGCCAUCGUCCACGCCGACUGCCCCUUGGAGGCCGUCAAGCUGCAGUGCCUUGCCAAGACGGUGGAGAGCCAGCUGUACAUUAACCCAGAAUCGAGGUGCAUCCUGUUGCCGGUGGUGCUCCGCAUCCUGCAGGCUCACAUGCAGGAGCAGCGAGACCUGGUCAUGUGCGCUCGCAUCCUCACCAGCAUGCUGUCGCUCAUCAAGAAGGAGGAGAACGGCACUUCUGAACCGGUGGUCUCGGAAGAAGUGGACCUGAUUGUGGAAAGUCUUCUGGGAGUUCUUCUCAGGACCAUUCUGGAAAUCAGCAACCGACCGCAACCUGCCGGACCUGCCAUGAGACUUCAAUUCCAGGAUGUCACUGGGGAGUUUGUGGCAUGUUUGUUGGCGCUGCUCCGACAGAUGAGCGACAGACACUACCAGCAGCUUCUGCAGGCCUUCAGCAGCAAAGACGACUUGAGGGACUUCCUCCUUCAGAUCUUUACGGUCUUCAGGAUUCUCAUCCGACCCGAGAUGUUCCCUAAAGACUGGACUGUCAUGCGACUGGUUACCAACAACGUCAUUAUCACCACCGUCCUCUACCUCUCCGAAGCCCUGCGGAAAAACUUUCUCAAUGACAAGUUUGACUACAAGGUGUGGGAUUCGUAUUUCUACUUGUCAGUUUUGUUUAUCAACCAGCCCUGCCUUCAACUGGAGUCGUUUUCUCCCUCAAAGAGGAAGAAGAUUUUGGAAAAGUAUGGCGACAUGAGGGUGAUGAUGGGCUGUGAGAUCUUCAGCAUGUGGCAGAAUCUAGGGGAGCACAAGUUGAACUUCAUCCCGGCGAUGAUCGGUCCGUUCCUGGAGGUGACGCUGGUGCCGCAGCCCGACUUGAGGAACGUCAUGAUCCCCAUCUUUCACGACAUGAUGGAUUGGGAGCAGAGACGUAGCGGCAAUUUUAAACAGGUGGAGGCAAAGCUAAUCGACAAACUGGACAGCCUGAUGUCAGAAGGCAAAGGUGACGAGACGUACAGGGAGCUCUUCAACAGCAUAAUUCCUCUGUUUGGUCCGUACCCGAGCUUGCUGAAGAAGAUCGAGCGGGAAACGUGGCGGGAGAGCGGCAUCUCCCUCAUCGCCACCGUCACCCGAUUAAUGGAGAGGUUGCUGGAUUACAGGGACUGCAUGAAGCUCGGGGAAGUGGACGGCAAGAAAAUAGGAUGCACUGUCAGCUUAUUGAACUUCUACAAAACAGAACUGAACAAGGAGGAAAUGUAUAUCCGUUACAUCCACAAGCUAUAUGACUUGCACCUCAAGGCGCAGAACUACACAGAGGCGUCAUACACCCUGCUGCUGUACGACGAGCUCCUGGAGUGGUCGGACAGGCCCCUGCGAGAGUUCCUCAACUACCCCAUGCAGAGCGAGUGGCAGCGGAAGGAGUUUUUGCAUCUCACCAUUGUCCAGAACUUUGACAGAGGCAAGUGUUGGGAGAACGGAAUCAUCCUGUGCCGAGAAUUGGCCGACCAGUACGAGUCCUACUAUGACUACAGGAACCUCAGCAAGAUGAGGAUGAUGGAAGCGUCGCUGUACGACAAGAUCAUGGACCAGCAAAGGCUUGAGCCGGAAUUCUUCAGGGUGGGAUUCUACGGAAAGAAGUUCCCUUUUUUCUUACGGAAUAAGGAGUUUGUGUGCCGUGGCCACGACUACGAGAGGCUGGAGGCCUUCCAGCAACGGAUGCUCAACGAGUUCCCGCACGCCAUCGCCAUGCAGCAUGUCAACCAGCCGGACCAGACCAUCUACCAGGCCGACGCGCAGUACUUGCAGAUCUACGCCGUAACGCCGAUCCCCGAGAGCCAGGAUGUGCUCCAGCGGGACGGCGUGCCCGACAACAUCAAGAGCUUCUACAAGUUCAAUCACAUCUGGCGCUUUCGAUACGAUCGGCCCUUUCACAAGGGCACCAAAGACAAGGAGAAUGAGUUCAAGAGCCUGUGGGUGGAGAGGACCACCCUGACACUGGUCCAGAGUCUUCCCGGUAUCUCGCGGUGGUUCGAGGUGGAUAAACGAGAUCUGGUGGAGGUGAGUCCACUGGAGAACGCCAUCGAGGUCAUCGAGAACAAAAACUUGCAGCUGCGCACGCUGAUCACGCAGUGCCAGAGUCGUCAGAUGCAGAACGUCAACCCUCUCACCAUGUGCCUCAACGGUGUCAUCGACGCCGCCGUCAACGGGGGCCUGGCCCGCUACCAAGAGGCCUUUUUUGUGAAGGACUAUGUGAUGAAUCACCCCGAGGACGGAGAGAAGAUCGGACGCUUGAGAGAACUCAUGUUUGAACAGGCGCAUAUUUUGGAAUACGGCCUGGCUGUGCACGAGAAGGUCGUACCUCAGGACAUGAGGCCUCUGCACAAGAAGCUAGUGGACCAGUUCCAUUUGAUGAAAUCCAGUCUGGGCAUACAGGAGUUCCCGCCUUAUGUGCGUGCCAGUCCGGUGCACUUCACCAAUGGAAGCCCACGCACAUGUAGGAAUUCGGUGCCCAGCAUUAUCAGCCCUGAUGGCAGCAGAGGGGUCGCCAGACGAAGUCUCCUCAGCUACCCGGCGGUGAACCGCUACUCCUCGUCCUCGCUGUCCUCGCAGGCGUCCAACGAGGUCAGCAACAUCACGGGGCAGUCGGAGAGCUCGGAUGAAGUCUUCAACAUGCAGCCCAGUCCGUCUACCUCGAGCCUGAGCUCCAACCACUCCGCCUCGCCCAAUGUCACCAGCUCAGCGCCCUCCAGUGCCAGAGGUUCGCCGCAGAUGGGCGAGAAACACAAGCAUUCCAGAGAGAGCAACGCUUGCCUGUCGCCGAGAGAGAGACCCGUCAGCGCCAUCUUUCCCAACCCUCUGGACCCUGCGCAGAGGGCCGCCCCUCAUCAAAUAGGGGACACCACGUUACCUCGCAGUGACCCCAACCUCUCGGCUCCAGACAAAGUGCGACCCACGCCCAGUAGCUGGAGCCUGGACAGCGUCAAAGAGGGCGUGGUGUCCUUCUCUGACCCUGUUGGCAAGCUGCUAGUCCCUCCCAUCCCUCCCAGGCCACCGUACACAGGCUCUUCGGCGAAGAACAUGAGGUCGCAGUCCCCUAUUCCCAUGUCCAGGUCGCCGCAAAAGGCCACCAUGCCGCCCUUCACCCCGUCGCCAACCGAGUGCCACUCCACAAGCCUGGUGUCCAACUCGCCCGUCCUCUCGGGCAGCUACAGCAGCGGCAUCUCCUCGCUCAGCCGCUGCAGCGUGUCCGAGGCGUCGGGGACAGAGUUGCCCGCCGGCGAGCAGCCCACCCCGCCCAUGGCCACCACGCCAGGCCCGGACGAACCCGUGCGAAGAGAAAACAAGACGCCGCCGCCUUACAGCGUCUACGAGAGGAACAACCCGCGAAGCAGACCCGUGCCGCUGCCCCAUAGCUUGUCCAUCCCCCCGCAGAUGGACCCUCCCGCCCUCCCCCCUAAACCUCACCAGCUGCGCACGGGCAGCAUGAAGCUGGACGGAACCUCGGACCCUCGCGUCCCCAGGCCGAGGCCUCUGCCCCGGAAGGUGUCCCAGCUAUAGGUAGACGGGAAUGUGGCGGGAAGAAACACACUGGCAUUAUUUGCACUUUUCUACUGGGCACUCUUUUUUUUUUUUUUUUCUCCCAGCUGCCGUACCUCCACUCCUAUAAAAGACAGGCAGUUUUUAAAAAGUGAACAGUUUUUAUAUAGCUUACACUUUAAAGGACAAUUUUGAUAGGCGUUAUCAUUUCUCAUACACUGUAUGAGAAUUGUUUUGCCUUAAGUAUUGGAAAUCUUGCACGUUUUUUUUUUUGUAACAAUUGUACAUUUGUACACUGUAUGGCUAACAUGGUGCUUGAAAAAGGAGCAUGCACUUUGAUUAAAGUGUAGUUAAAAAAAUCGAAAUAGUCAUAUCCACAUGAGCAAUGGUACGAUAAAUUGACUUUUUUUUUUUUUUUUUUAACUUUCCUGUUUGAAGACCAGCAAAUAUUUUCGUCUCCUUCACAACCCGCUGCCCUUUGUAGACUUUUUCCUACCCCCAAUCAGCUUUGCACUUUUUACAAUGAAGACCGAAAUAGGACCAAACGCAUUGGCAAAUAUUGGCAUUUUGCAUGCUUUAGAGGCUGGACUUGUCCUUGACCACAUUGCAUGACCUUAAACGGGUGGGGUACAAGUAUUGUGCCAAAGUAUAAUGCACAACGGAACACUUUUUUUCUCCGCCCCUUCAAAUAGUGCCAAGAAGCCAAGGAAAUGCUCAACUCAGCAGAGACUCUGAAAGGUGAUUAGUGAAGCCCCGCCCCCAAGUCCUCGAAUCCACUCAGCAAAUGUAAUUUUAAGCACAAUUCUCUGAUGCUAUCAUGAUAAAUACUGUUUUGUGUUCUCUGAGUAAUUGGAGCCAAAAUCAAAUGUAAAAAGUCGAUUAUUGUUGACCGCACUAAGAAAAUGAAAAAGUAUUAUGAAGUAUCAAAUAUUCUUAAAUUAUGAAUCCAGUGAUGCAUUUUUGAGAGUGGGUUCGGGAGGGGAGGGGAUUAGCUUUAGUAUUGUUUGUACGUCUCAAUUUUGUAGUUGUUUUAUGAGUUGUUGUGAAUUUUUUUUUUUUUUUUUUUUACAUGAAAUAUUCCUAUUAAUCAGUUCUGGAGAAACUGUAAAUUAUGUGAUGAGAUUAAUGUAAGUAAGCCAAAUAUUAAAAAAAAAAAAAAAGUGUAUUGCAAUUUAUGUAAAUACUGUGUUUUUAACAAAAUGUAGUUAUAACAAUUUACAGCUUUGAAUGUAAUGUUGAAGCAGCAAAUGAUUAUUAUUAUAAAUGUGGAAACUUUUAUGGGUUUUGUGAGUGUAGAAAAAUAAAAGGUCAUGCUUUAAUGACGCCUAACACAUUUACAAGUUCAAUAAACUGCCCACUGGAAAUGUU